UAGGUUGUACCUCCUUUUUGAACUGUCCACGCAACGAGUCAUCACGUGUUCACCUCCUUCAGAGCUAGCUGGAGUCGGCAGGAGGGAUUGUGCACACAAACAGGCACGGCGCCUUGUUUUUGGAGCUCUUGAUUCACAAAUUGAGUGGGCGAGAAAACAGUUAUCGGAAUACAGCGCAUUGUGCCGGUUUUGCACAUUUGGCGUCCUCUGAGUUUUUUCUGUUCUUUUUAAAAGUCGGGUGCAUAUUUUCUUUUAUUUUUCUUGUUUGCACUUUUACGUUUGCAGGGAUAUUGACUGAAUCAGCAAACUGGUUAUCUCUAUGGGGUCGUACGGGAACGGUGCUUGUUUUGGUCGUGCAUUUGGAACUCCGGACUGAAAGCAGAUACAAUUUUUCUUUUAUUUUUUCUACUCAAAUCUUUGAGUAGUUUACCAUGCAUAUGGCACACAGCGAGUGUAUUUUAAAUGCUGAAAUAUUUAAAGAUGUAACACUCUGCGAAGGUCCCGUACUCUAGCAAGGGAUUGUUUUGGCACGGAGCUGUUACCUAAUUGAACCGCUCUCUUGGCUAGCUAGGUUAGCGAGGUUGCUAGCUAAUGAAACAAGGGUACGUAAACGUGUUUUGCAGAUAGCUGAGUCAGUCUCGUUGUGCAACCUGUUUUUGACUCACUAUAUGAUUUGGAGUUUUCGAGAGAUUAUUCCACUUUUUGAACACAGUAUAUACAGCCACAUAUUUUCCGAACAUGGCAAGCCCGGCCUCCGAUCAUGGUUGUUUUUCGGACGUGAGAAAGGUGGGUUAUUUAAGGAAACCCAAAAGCAUGCACAGGAGAUUUUUUGUACUGCGGACUUCAAGUGUCUCUGGACCUUCCAGAUUGGAAUACUACGAAAACGAGAAAAAAUGGAGACACAAAUCGGGCGCUCCCAAGAGAUCGAUUCCAUUAGAGAGUUGCUUCAAUAUUAACAAGAGGGCCGACUCCAAAAACAAGUAUCUGGUGGCGCUGUAUACUAAGGAGGAAUAUUUUGCAAUCGCAGCCGAUAGUGAACAGGAGCAGGACCUGUGGUACCAAGCGCUGCUCGACCUGCACAACAGGGGUAAGCUGCACGAGCCCGCCGCGGGCAGCGGAAUGGGGGAGGACACUUACGGAGAGGCCACGCCGGGACCUGCCUUCAAAGAAGUUUGGCAAGUUAUUUUAAAACCAAAGGGACUGGGACAAAUAAAAAAUUUGAUCGGGAUUUACAGAUUGUGCCUAACGAAUAAAACUAUCAGCUUUGUUAAGCUGAACUCGGACGCAGCCGCUGUUGUUCUGCAGCUGAUGAACAUUCGGAGAUGUGGUCAUUCUGAGAAUUUCUUUUUCAUCGAAGUGGGGAGAUCCGCCGUUACAGGACCCGGGGAAUUUUGGAUGCAAGUUGAUGACUCAGUUGUAGCGCAGAACAUGCACGAAACUAUUCUAGAAGCCAUGAAAGCAAUGAGUGAGGAAUUUCGCCCAAGGAGUAAAAGUCAGUCUUCCUCCAAUUGCUCCACUCCCAUUUCUGUACCGCUGAGAAGACACCACCACAACAACCCGCCCCCCAGCCAGGUGGGGCUCGGCAGGAGGUCCCGGGCAGAAAGCGUUACGGCCACGUCUCCGGCGACCCGAGGGAAACAGAGUCAUUCUUUCCGAGUGAGAGCCUGCAGCGAUGGAGAGGGCACAAUGUCCAGGCCGGCCUCUGUGGAGGGUAGCCCAGGCAGUCCCAGCUCUGCUCGGACGCACGCUCAGAGGCACAGGGGCAGCUCCCGGCUCCACCCGCCCCUCAGCCACAGCAGGUCCAUCCCCAUGCCGUCCUCCCGCUGUUCCCCCUCGGCCACCAGCCCCGUCAGCCUCUCAUCCAGCAGCACCAGCGGCCAUGGGUCCACCUCCGACUGCCUGUACCCCCGCCGCUCCAGCGCCUCUGCUUCUGGCUCCCCCAGCGACGGGGGCUUCAUCUCCUCUGACGAGUAUGGCUCCAGCCCCUGUGACUUCCGGAGCUCCUUCCGCAGUGCCACGCCCGAUUCCCUGGAGCACACCCCACCGGCCCGGGAGGAAGAGCUGAAUAACUACAUGUCCAUGGCAAAGCCCAGCCCUGUGCCUAACGGGCACUGCAGCCGCCCCCAGCCUCGCUGCACGCCCCCCCGGCUGGAGGACUCCGAGCUGGAGAAGAGCUUCAGGAAGCGGACCCAUUCCUCGGGUGCUUCGCCCCCAACCGUGUGUCACCAGAAGACCCCGUCGCAGUCCUCCACUGCGUCACUGGAGGAGUACGCCCCCAUGAUGCCCAAUUACGGCAGGACAUCGUCAUACAGGCAGUCCGCAUUUCUGCCAUCGCAGUCGUAUCCUGAGGAGAGUCUGGACCUGCCCCUGGAGGGCAGCAGGACAGGACUGGUGGAUGAUGGGUACAUGCCCAUGUCACCAGGCGUGGCUCCUGUUGCCUGCAAGAGCAAUGAUUACAUGCCCAUGAGUCCCAAAAGUGUGUCUGCGCCCCAACAGAUCCUCAGUCCACGGCCACACUGCAGAGUGGACUCCAGUGGGUACAUGAUGAUGUCGCCUAGCGUGAGCUGUUCCCCGGAGAGCGCAAACUUUGGAAAAGUCUGGACCAAUGGGGCUAAUCCCACGCUGUCCGAGGGCAGCGAGGGGAAAGGCCUGUGCGGGGAUUACAUCAACAUGUCCCCCGCGAGCUGCUCCACCACCAGCACUCCGCCCGACUGCUACUUUAACCAGGUUGAAGAGGCGCUCAAACCCAGGCACUCCUACUACUCGCUACCUCGUUCCUUCAGGCACGCCCACAGGAAGCAGGAGCAGAGCCCUCUGCGCUUCUCCGUGAGCUCCGCCCGGCUGGCCUUCGGUGACUCCUCCUCCUCCUCCACCAGCAGUGACAGCCUGGGAGGGCAGGGAAGCGGGCAGCUGCCGGUCAAACCGCCGGACGAGGCGGACGGGAGGCUGACACGGCCGACGCGCCUCUCCCUGGACGGCAGCCGGGCCAGCACGCUCCCGCGGGCCCGGGACAGCCCCUUCCCCCCGGUACCUACGAGCCCCGGAGAGUACGUUGACAUGGAGUUUAACGACAGGCCUUUUUCCGGCAGCCUCGCCUCCCUCCUUGCGCCCGCGUUUGCGGAGAGCAACUCCGAGAGACAGGCCCUGCGGUCCUCAGAGUACAUGAACAUGGAGCUGGGGGCCCAGGGCAGAAAGCCCAGGCCUGAAGCCCCAGGCCCUGCCUGCUCUGAAGGCGGUGCAGAGGCUGCCCCUGCCGCCCCUCCGCCUGCAGGUCCCUGUGCAGGAGUGCAGACCUGUGAGUACGUUCACAUGCAGCUCGGAGCUCUGUGCCGAGGCUACCCGGAAGCUCAGAUGGUAGUCGGGUACUCAGAGGUGAGCAGCGCUGCUGAGACCCCCAGCUGCUCCAUCCCGCCCAACCAGGAGGGGGCUCUGGUGAGCGACGUCCCGGACCCCAGCUGUCUUGGGCUGAUGGGAUCAAUGUCCGGGUUAAGCGCUUUUUCCCGGGUCAAUUCCAGCCCUAACCGGAACCAGGGUGCCAAAGUGAUCCGGGCCGACCCGCAAGGGCGCAGGCGGCACAGUUCGGAGACCUUCUCCUCGGCGACCGCGGUAGCCGGAGUGGCGGCGGCCUCGCCCUGCGCGGAGGACGUGAAGCGCCACAGCUCGGCCUCCUUCGAGAACGUGUGGCUGAAGCCCGGCGAGCUGGGGCCGUGCGAGAGGAGGGAGGCGACGCCGCCGACCGCCCUCCAGAACGGCCUCAACUACAUGGACCUGGACCUGGCCAAGGAGCAGAACCCGCCCAGGGCCGGGCCCUCUGAUGACCCCAGCACCUACGCCAGCAUCAGGUUUCAGAAGGAGGAAGACCUGCGGAAAGCCACGGCACAUAGAGAAGAAUGAAGACCUGGACCUCCCUACACCCCAGUCAGCUUGCCCACCCUGCCACAAAGCACACCUCCCUCCAACCGUGAAGGUACAGCAGAGACCUGGGGUACAGCAUCUGUAUGACAGUAAAGGUACAGCACAUAUCAAUGGUACAGCACCAUCAUGAGCGUGAUGGUGCAGCACAGAGGAACGGUACAGCACCACCCUUCUGAGCGUGAUGGUGCAGCACAGAGGCACGGUACAGCGCCAUCAUGAGCGUAUUGGUGCAGCACAGACAAGCGAUACAGCACCACCCUUCUGGACAGUGAUGGUGCAGCACAGACGGACGGUACAGCACCAUCCUUCCAAGUGUGAUGGUGCAGCAUAGACAGGUGGUACAGCACCACCCUUCUGGUCAGUGAUGGUACAGCACAGACGGACGGUACAGCACCACCCUUCUGGUCAGUGAUGGUACAGCACAGACGGACGGUACAGCACCACCCUUCUGGACAGUGAUGGUGCAACACAGACGGACGGUACAGCACCACCCUUAUGAGCGUUAUGGUGUAGCACGUCUAUUCCCCUCAGAGUGGAGUACUUCAAAGGCAUGAAGCCUCAGCAAGCAGGACAGUGCUUUCAGGCGGCCUUGUUUACCCAGUCUCAUCUCAGGACCCAGUGAACUGAAGCACACACACAGGAGUGCAGACAGAUUCCUCCACGGCACCUCAGCCAAUCCGCAUUGCCUCUCCCUGUUUCUUAGGGAUUUUCUCUUUAUGUUUGGGGGCAAUUCCAACAAUUCCUACUAUAACAAUUAUGACUUGUUACAGAAUAGAUGGGCUACCACUUUUGCUGGGAUUUUUAGUAUCUUUUUUUUUCUUUUUCUUUUCCCCCGGUCUGAUUUCCGGGCAGGCGGAGCACCAUGUGACUGUGCUGUUGACAUAACGGUCGCAUGCUUUGACUUUGAUCACAAACAUGCCAUUUCCCCCCAAAGCCCCUGUGCCUGAUGCUCUCCAUCGCGGGUCACAGCUCAGCGCCUCGCGGCGUUUAAUUCCUGCAGUGUCUGGAGCAGCGCUCCGCUUAGCAGUAGCAUCGCUCCGUGUCAUGAAGCGCUGUCCCGUGCCGGUGCCCGCGGUCCGCAGUGCCGCGCGAGCGCAUGGCUCAUCGGGAGCGUCAGGCGCGUUCGACUGGCACGGCGACGCGUUGAGCAACCGUGCUUCCUAACCCAAUCAGAAUGCAGAACCGCUGCGCGUGCUUUUCCACGCGCUUUUAUUAUCUCUUCUGGGCCACCACUCAGAUAUUGUGACCCGUGAUCUUCGAUCUUUGAUUUGUAAUAAUGACCAAUGCCCAAAGUUGUUUUUUUUUAUUUUUCUUAUAUCUAGCCAAAAGGUUGCCCAUGUCAAAUCAAAAUUGACCAUUGUUGAAAUUGAUAAACCAAUGAACGAGUCUGUUCCGACCUGUUUCUCUUGUAAGCUUCAAUUAAUAUUUGUGCAGAAAACCUGCUGUAAAGUUGCUUGCUGUUUUUAUUUAACUUUUGUGGUUUUCAUUUCUUAUCAGAAAUCCUCAGUUGUGUGCCUAAGGGGAUCACAGCUACAAGAAAACAGGAGUUCAUAAUAUCUGUCUCAUUUGCUGCUGAAAAGACUGAAGAGAACAGUCUGUGUAAAUUAUUUAAUAUAGAAAAUGGCAUUCAUGUUUGUCUCAGAGUUAAGUAUUUAACAUUUCAUGGUUUAUGUUGGUUCUUUGUUUUUUGGGAAAUGAAAUGUAAAGGGCACAUUUUUGGAUAUGUGUCUGCGGUUGUUUUAUGUUCUGUUCGACACGGGAGAAUUGCUUAAUUAUGGCGUGGAAAGAACGGGUGACCGUUUACCUGCGAUGCCCGAUGUGUAGUGAACAUCUGUGAGGUGGUCCGUGGGCGGGUGUGCCACCGCACCCUGCCCACCGGGUCGGACCGCCCCCCUCGUCGCGUUUUGAUUUUGCCAUCUUGUCUUCUGAAUUCGGAUCGACCGGGGACAGGCUCGUAGUUCUUCCUGCUCGGUCGUCGCCAGCACCAACCACGUCUUCCACUGUAUAAAAUGUAGAGAAUUGGGUGGGUUAAUUAAUGAACAAAUGUCAAAUUGAGGAAACUGAUGGUUUGGGGUGAAUUUACGGAUGCGUGGAUGAAUGCAGUGCUCGAUUUAAACGAAUGAACAAUCCAAUGGAUGUUUGAAUUGGUACAGGAGAAGUGAAUGGAUGGAUGAAUGAAAGAACGAAUGCAAUGGAAAGCAGUAGGGCAGCUCCAGCAGAAUGGACACCCCCCCCCCACCUCCAACCUGAGAGAACAUGGAAGUGUUUGUCUGCUCUGAAACCUGUUGUGUAAUAAAGUAGAGAUGUUUCCCUUUCUCUUUUA